AUGGCGUCUUCCCGGCCAAACCAUGGCCGACCUACGUCACAUACAUAUGGUAUUUCACAUCAGUCAAAUUCACCAAAACAUGACAGAAGCCCUAGCGGAAUGGCCAAUUCUAGUAGCUUUCUCUCGUUCGGUGGAGCAGAUGGCGCCAUGGAACCUACAAGAGCUUUGCUAGCCAUGUCAUCCAGAAGAAGUCGUACAUGGUCGAGCAGCAGCGCAGACUUGGGCAUACUGGAGGAUGCCGAUGUUAUUGAAGAUAGAUCAAUCUUCAUCCACGAGUACAACACGUUAGCCAAGGCCGUAGGUGACCUCUUUGACGAAGGGUUCUAG